GCCGUGGCUGCUGCUGGUGCUGCUGGCACUAUGGGGUGACAGUGCAGCGGGGGCUCCCUGGGGCCCCACACGGUGCAUGCCCAUUCCCCCAGCCAUGGCACUGUGCCAUGACAUUGGCUACACAGAGAUGCGGCUGCCCAACCUGCUGGACCACACCACAGCGGCUGAGGCCAUUCAACAGUCGGUCAGCUGGCUUCCCCUGCUUGCCCGGGAGUGCCACCCUGAUGCCCGCCUCUUCCUCUGCUCCCUCUUUGCCCCUGUGUGCCUUGACAGGGUCAUCUACCCGUGCCGCAGUCUGUGUGAGGCCGUGCAGGCCAGCUGCGCGCCCAUCAUGGCCUGCUACGGCUACCCCUGGCCAGCCAUCUUGCACUGUGGACGCUUCCCUGCUAGCCAUGGUCUCUGUGUUGGAGCCGUGGCCAGCAGCUCCCGCCUGGAUCGCCCAUUGCCACAGGCCAGCUGCCGGGACUGCGAGCUGCAGGUCGCAGGUUCAUCCAAGGAGGUCCUAGACACGUUCUGCACCAGCGACUUUGCAGUGAAGGUCAGGCUCUCCUGGUGCAACAGUACAACCUCUGGCCCCUGGGGCUGUGACCUGGACUCAAGACUAGAGGUGCUGAAGACGGGACCUCUGCCCCCCACAGAGCUGGCACCCACCCUGCGACGCUCGCUGCAGCUGGACGUCACGUGUGUGUACAACCUCCUGCGAGGAAGGCACACAGGGACCUAUGUGUUGAGCGGGAAGGUGCAGGACCACCGGCUGUUGGUAACCACAGCCUAUGCCUGGAGCCGAGGCCACCGGAAUCUGCAGCUGGCUGUGCGCAGGUGGCACCAUCACCAGUGCCAAGAAUAGUGGCUGACCCUGGCCAGCAGAGGCUGGGACUUUGUAGCCACGGCCUCUGCAGUGGUCAUGCAAACCAUGUAUGCUUCCCCACAUACACCUAAAACCCUAGUGCAGAGAGACCAGGGCUCAAGCAGGGUAGAGGCCAGCUUCCAUGAAAACUGCUUCCUGCCAGCCAAGAACACGGCAGACGCAGCCGUGUGUGCUGGGCAGGCGAGACCAUUUUUCUGUCCUCCUCAGGCCUGGACAGGAGCCAAGCCAAUGCCCUGCUACUGCUCACAGGCAGACACCCUACACUGCGUCUCAGUGCAGGCACGCAGCCUGCCAAGAGGCUGCUUCUGCAGCCUGAGACAGACUCAGUUGCACCUGCUGGGCAUUUCCCGAGUUCACAGCUCUGCUGAGCCUCGGGCCCGUAACAGGGCAGGGUGUGGCGAGGUGGGCCACAGAAAACCACAUCAAGUUGCUGAGAAACUUCAAUUCUUUCCCACCUCUGGGCCUCCAGUGUUUUCAAAAGCAUGUAGUCUGAUGCCACUGCCUCAUUGUUUCUUAAGCUGAAAAAGAAUACCUUCGGAAAUCCUAUGACAAUGCAGUCACAAUUUUUAAAUAAAUUGUUUUGUGUACUGAUGACAAUGACUCAUUUACUUUUAACAGUUAAGAAAAAUGGAUUAAAACUCUGGCUGAGGGACCAGUGCUGUGGCACAGCGAGUAAAGCCGCUGCCCGUGAUGCCGGCAACCCAUGAGUGAGUGCUGGUUCGAGUCCCAGCUGGUCCACUUCCAAUCCAGCUCCCUGCUUAUGGCCUGGGAAAGCAGCAGAAGAUGGCCUAAGUGCUUGGGCCCCUGCUACCCAUGUGGGAUAGCACGUGGAAGAAGCUCUUGAUCCAGCCAUGGCCUUUGGGGCCAUCUGGAGAGUGAACCAGUGGAUAGAAGAUCUCCCUCUCUAUCUCUGUAAUUCUG